CCCUACCAACAUGGUGACCACUAGGAUCGGAAUCAGCACAACUCCAUAUAGUAAGGCACAAGAGGAGAGAGUUGCUGCAAUUCUCCGUGAGAAAGGGAGAAGAUGGAGAAGGAGUUGAUCCGGCAGGCCAUGAAAUUGGCCUUGAUGGAGGAAGAAGCAGCCAGGCAGAAGCAGAUGGAGGAGGAAAUGGAAAAGUGGAAGAGAGAGAAGGAGGCGAAGUUGGCCGUGUUAGAAGCAGAAGCAGAAGCAGAAGAAGAAGAAGAAGAAGAAGAAGAAGAUCCCCUGCUGUAUAGAAGAGGAGGAACACUGGCAGGGACUGAAGAAAAAAAGGAGAAGAGAGGAGAAUCAAGUUCGGGAUUCGCAUCGCCAGAGAAAACGGAAAGGGCGGUGGAGUGGGUGGCAAGCUUCUUCUUGGCCACAGACAGAGAGGUCGAGUUGAUUGUCCCCAAGGCUGAGAGAGAAGCAGUGGAGAAGGAACUAGAGCAAGAAGAAAGUCCCAUGUGCCGAAAGGCAAGGGAGCACGAAGAGCAGUUGGAGUGGCAAUUACGUCUCACAAGGGAAAAGAAGAGGCGUUUGGAGAUGGCAGACCGUAUGGAGACAGAAUUGAGGGUGGCAGAAGAGCGGUUGGGUAAGAUAGGGAAAAACAUCGAAGAAGGAAAGAAAAUUGACACCCUGACCCAAAGCAUGACUAUUGUGCAAACAACACAACAACUGUAGUUGGCGCACCUCCGUGGGCACGAUAUUGCCCUAGAAUC